GAGAGGACCCCAAAACUGCGGUCGCCCUCGCCCUCGCCCCCUCCUGCCCUUCUCUUCGCCUCAGCGGUGGCGAUGGGCCCGAUGGCCAAGGCUGGCGGCGGCCCCCCUGCGAUCCGUCUCCUUUCCAUCCCCAAGGAGGGGGAGCGCGUGCUUGCGCCCACCCGGAGGCCUGACGGCAUCCUCAGAAAGCCCAUUCGCAUCCGCGCCGGAUACGUCCCUCAGGAUGAGGUUGCCAUCUACCAGUCCAAGGGCGCCCUUUUAAGUAAAUCGAGCGAGGCCACAGUGCCUCCAGGGUACGAUCCGGAUCUGGCUGAGAAGACGAAGACCAAAUCGGCAAGGAGGAACGAGAGAAAGAAGGAAAAGAGGCAUCAGGUUGAGUGGAUAUUGAGGUUUUUGGAGGAGUAUAAGGAAGCAAUCAGGAAUAUACACACAAAGACGUGGCUUCCUUUGUUGUACUCUUUUAAUCUACUAGUUGCAUCAACAUGUAAUUACAAAUACAAUUUUUGUUUGUGCUGCACUUGCAAAAAGAAAAAAACAUGGUUUUCUGAAGGAGCCGAGGUGGUAAGAACUGCUAAAUUUGUUUCUGCUGAUAGUACCUCUCAAAUAGAGGAAUUUGAAGCUGUUACGGAGCAGAUAAGUAGAAUAACCUUAUUGGCAAUGCCAGCAAUACCAGAGGUGUCAAACUCAUCUGCAGAACCAAUGGAAGUCUCAAAAACCAAGUCUUCUGGCCAGGAUUUUGAUAAGAAAAUUUCAGCACUUAAAAAGAAGUGCUUGCAGAUUCUUCUAGCAGAAGCUAAGCUAGUCGGUGAUCAACAAGGUAUGAAACCUAAACAGACGGAGAAGAUGAGAACAGUCAGAGAGCGACAUGAGGAACUAACAUGAGGAACUAAAACUCUUAGAAAACAGAACGAGGGAGUCACUCUCACGAGCUCGACAAAAAUUUAGGUCAAUCUAAUUUAUUGUGGCCACAAGUUGCAAGUUAUUAUAUGAUAUUUGAUCCCUCGGGGCUACGGUGCACUUCCAUAGUUAAUCAAACAUUCAUGGAUCAAUUUUCAGCUAUAAUGCAUUGCAUAAUUAAUUCCCUCUGGUAAAAAGACAAUUCUGAAACGUUGGCUACGGAAUGAUGCGCCGUUUGUGUU